AUGUUAAUUUGUGGCCCGAGUUUAUUGCCACACUUUGGAUCCUCCUUGGCUUUCCUACGCGUUGGAUGUUUUCAAAACUGUCCGAACAAGAACAAGAACAAGAACAAGUGGACGAGUAUGAGUUGCAAAUCCCAGAAAGACACACUCAGUAAAGAAGAGACUCUAUCAAACAUACCUCAAACUCUAUCCGGUGAGUGCAUAUCGGUCCAAGACUGUAAGAAAGCUAAAAUACAGAAACCCAAGUCAAGGAAAGCCGAAUCCUGCACAGUUAAGUGUGUUACUACUUGCAUCAGAGGAGGCGAAGGCUCUCCUGGUGAAGGCCCUUUUAACGUUAGAAGACCACUCGUUGUUUUCAAGCAAGGUUUUCGAACUCGUCACUACUGUUUGGUGGAGUGUUCAGAUAUUUCUAUUGAUAUUAAUAAACCUUGUAUAAUGCAAUUGAAAGCUUUAAUGGUGGAAAGUUUUAGAGGCGUGACGAAGGAAGAGUGA